GUUGCCUUCAAAGAUGCUGCGUUUUCUGAUCUUACUGGGAAUUGUGGUGAUUCUUGGAAUGUUUAUCCUCGACACUGAAGCGGAUUGCAAUGUCUGUUCGUCGGCUACCAAUGUGGCCUGUGUCUCGGAUACUGAGUUCCAAUUCUGUUCUACCGCGGAGCUGCCCACUGGAAGUGUUUACGCCUGUCCCACGGGCUAUUAUUGCACUGCGAACGCGGCAGUUUGUGACACGAAUUCCGCCUUCAAAUCCUGUGCAGGAUGCGGCACCUGCAAUGCCGACAGCACCUUUGCCUGCCUGAGUGCCUCCACGUUCGCCUUGUGCCUGGGAACCACAACCCCGUCGUCGAUAGGUGGCAGUUGUGGAAGUAGCUACGUUUGUGACUGGAACAAUCCCAAUAUUUGUGGCACACCUGCCUCAGGAUCACAGGCCACGUGCCCUAGCGGUACUGUGACUCCCGGAGUGGAUCCCACUACGGUGACACCAACUGAGUAUUGCCAAAUCGUCCAACAGAGGGGUAGAUAUCCCUAUGGAACCAAUUUGAACACCACCUGUCGGCAGUAUAUCUACUGUCAUCUUACAAACUCUACCUGGAUAGGCGGUCUUUAUGAUUGUCCUGGUCUGACUUACUUUAAUAGCACCUCCGGGUAUUGUGGAACUGGGGUUCCUCCCAGAUGCACCUCUGGAGUGGCUACUUUGAGUCUCACGAUAAAUUAAAAAAUAUUUGUAAAAAGUAAAAUUAAAGCAUCUCUUAAAAAACACUAUAA